AUGGGGUACAUGAAUAGAAAUGCGAAAUUAGUACAACCAUCUACAUCAGUUGGAACAAUUUCUAAUGUCUAUGAAACGAGCUUAGAGUGGCCGUAUACGGCUGAUCUUGGUCGUUAUACUAUGUACCAGGCUGAUAGACAAAGAUUAAUAUCGAUAGUUUCAGCUUCAGUCUCAAUAGUUGCUGGCUUUAUUGGAAUAUAUUUCUUUUUGGCUAUUGAUUAUAGAAAGCGAGUUUUCAGGCAUCAGUUGGUUAUUUUCUUAAUUCUACAUGACUUGAUCAAGGCUAUUUUUUUAUUGGUUUUUCCAGCGACGGUUAUGGCAAACAUUGCAGCUUAUGAGGAUUUGAAAUUCUGCAAAGUGUCAGGAUUUUUCACUGCGUUUGCGAUAGAAGGGUCUGAUAUUGCAAUCUUGAGCUUUGCGAUUCAUGUUGCAUUGUUGGUGUAUCGACCCAAUAAUAGAAUUAAACGAGGAGAUAAUUAUGAAGGUGGAUUGUACCGAUACAGGCAUUCAGUUUACGUGGUGUCAGUAUUGUUUCCGAUCGUGCUAGCUGCAAUACCGUUUGUUAGUGAUCAUGGUUAUGUACCGUUAACCAAUUGGUGUUAUACUCCCAGCAGACCGAUUUGGUAUCGAUUAGCUUUAAGCUGGAUUCCUCGAUACAUAAUUAUGGCAACAAUAAUUGUUAUAUAUUGUUGCAUUUAUCGCCAUGUGACGAAACAGUAUAGCGAUGUUGAAAAUGCACUAGCGGCCGAUUAUGGUUCCUGGAGUAGGCGACAAAGGUUUACAAGAAAGCUUAAAAACUUUAUGAGAUAUUUGUUCUUUUUCAAGCUUACUAUGAAAAAUGACGAAUCGAAAAGUAUUAACCGUUCAUCUUUGCAGAGCGAUAUAAGCCAAGAAACCAUACAACAUUUCAGAGCACGAAGAAUACAAGCUCAAUGGCAGAUGAGGGCAAUAUUCAUCUAUCCUGCGUCAUAUCUUCUAUUAUGGAUCUUCACAACUAUAGUGCAUGGCAUGGAUUUGAGAUUCGGAUUAUCUGUAAAGCCACAUAUAUGGAUGAACGGGACUGCUGCGUUCAUGCAGCCAUUCAAUUGUACUGUUGAUACGGCUGUAUUUUUAAUCAGAGAGAAACCAUGGAAAAUUACGACGAUAAAAGUAGACAAGUCACAAACUGAAAAGUAUGAAUAUCCACGCUGGCGUAGAUUAAUAUCGUUUCUCCCAUUAUUCUCCUUACCAAAGCCGAUGGAAGUUUGUCAAUCUGAGAAUAUAAAUUAUUUGAAGCAUGAAGCUUACUGUGUGGAAAAUGCUAAUAUGCAUGACUUUUCUGGUAUUCUUUCAGGACAGAAGACCAUUCUUACGCCUGAGGUUAGAGGGAAUAGUAUUGCUAGUAAUAAUAGUAUUCCAAAUGAGAAAUCGUUUCGGUUUGCAAAUGUCCGCCCAGGAGAUAAUACUCGUACAAGCAAUUAUACCAGCUUUAAUGAUAGAAAAUGGUCAAGUACGACAGAACAUUCAGAAUCAGUUGAACAAUUAGAUUUCAUGGAUUUUUUAAAACAUACAGAUGUAUAA